GUAAGCAUUGCGGAAUUCUACUACAUCACGCUCUCAAUGCUCCCAAUCUUCUCCGACAACUCCGACAAGACACUGUGAAAACCAAUAUUUCCAUAUCAUCGGCCGAACAUUGACUUUCUCGUCGGCCGCCAUACAAAGCCGUUCGUUUCAUGAGCAAGCCCAUUCCGCUGCUCGCUGCCUAACAAUGAUCGCUUUGCAGGUAUGCCUUACUUGCAAGGGAAGGAAGAAGAGGUGCGAUAAGCAACUGCCGCAAUGUAGCUUUUGUAAGCAAAAAGGAAUAUAUUGCUCUUACGAUUAUGGAAGGGAAAUCGAUGCAUAUGCCCCUGCUCAGCCCGCCAGCGGGUCUUUUGUAGCUUCUCAUCACUCCUCCGCUCCUGAAAAUCAUCGUGGAAAUGGCCGGGAUACUGCUUGUACCUCAUCCCCUUACCAGUCGACUGCCUUUGGAUCACCAUCCGAUGCUUUACCACUCGACACUAGGCUAUCCAUUGAGGUUGAUCUUAUCGUCCGGCCGACGGGACAAUCUCCAGACAUGGUAGAGAGACGAUAUUUUCAAGGUCUGCAUCUGUGGGUGCCGUUUAUGUGCCCCUCCCGAUUUCGAAAUGAACGUCUCAUGGCAGUCUCAACGCCGACAGCAGAGUUUUCGCUACUGCUCCUGAGCAUGUACUUGAUCACACACGACCCACCAGAACUUAGCAAAACCUCCAUUAGGCGAGGUGAUCUUCACCUACAUGCUAAGACACUCUUUUCUCAGAUCUCCCUUCUGCGACGGCCUUCAAUUCGCCUGAUCCAGGCUGGAAUAUUAAUUGCCAUCUACGAAUAUGCCCAUGGCGACCCAGAUUCCGCCCUAGCAUCCAUCGAUCUCUGUGCCCGAAUGGCGUGCAAGGCUGGAUUUAAUCGACACUCCGCGGACAAAGGGGUAAAUCAAGCAUGGAAUACGUGGUGGGCACUAAGAAUAUUCGAACGAAUCUUCUACUGUGAGACCGCACUGACCACCCUGCCAUUGAUCACAUCUGCUCCAGAUGAAACAGAUAUACUCCCAUACGAAGUUAGCAGCCUCGAUUGUGGGGAAGAUUUGAUAGCGAAGCCUGGUUGUCGCGUGUGGCCUAUCAAUACCGCUGGGGUCGGGUGCUUUGGCCGUGCGGCUCAGGCGACAUAUCUGCUCGAUCAAGUCUUACAGGCAAUGAAAAUCGGUGAAGCAUCCGUUCGGCUUGUUCGCUUGAUCGCCCUAGACAGCGAGUUGCGCAGGCUCCUUUCAGUGACGAUGAGUGCCUGCCAUGGUAAACGAGGAGGGCACUGCGGCGCCGUGGGCACCUCGAUCAGAGCUCUUUUCAUGCUGCACGAACACAAUCUCCAGAACGAUAUCUUGCCGACAACGCAAUGUGUGAACUAUCCGCAGGCUGCACUCGAUACUGUUGUUCAGAUGGUGGUGGAUAUAUCUCGAAGUCACCGAGGGAUCGAUGGUGCUGACAUCGACAUUGUAUCUCCCAUCUGCAAUUAUGUAGUCCGUCAUACUUUGACGCUCCACUAUCAAAGGCGAUAUUCAGACAGCGAAGCCUGGUUCGACGACUCGGAUGCUUUACGAGAGUCUCUGGCCAAAUUGAGUCGUAGGUGGCAGAUAACAUGAAGCGAGCGACGAGAUGAUCCCGAGCCUUUUGUUUAUGAUGCCGUCAUCGAGUAUUGCGUAGGCCAAUCUUGCAGGCUUAUCUCACUGUUCAGUUUUACAUAUCCGUUAUCUUCAGAAAGGCAUGGGGGAAAUUUGCGCUGUGACAGGACCUCUCGCAUCCAAUUCUACCGAAUUAAUCGAGUUUCAUGGUGGCACAAAACUCUACCUUUUCGUGAUGUAUGACAUACAUUGUCGUACAUUGACACAUUGGCGGUGAUUUGACCGCCAUAAGCAUGCACUUUCAAUAGAACGCGUCGUUGGUGCGGGGUAACCCACAGCCUAG